AUGGGUGCCGAAAAAAUAGACGCUAGCAAUGGCGAAUUCUCUGACGUCUCAGACCACGAUGGAGAGUCUAAUCAGCCCCCCCUACAACGUAAACUCAAGAAUCGUCACAUCGCCAUGAUCAGUAUUGGUGGUGUCAUCGGCACUGGUCUUUUUGUUGGAACCGCAGACUCUCUGAUGUAUGGGGGCCCCAUCGGUCUGUUGCUCGGCUACAUGGUCAUGGGCACCAUCGUCUAUUGUGUCAUGAUCACUUUGGGAGAAAUGGUUGCUUUCCUGCCUAUACCUGGUGGUCAUAUCAAACUGGCCGAGCGCUUCGUUGACCCUGCAUUCUCUUUUGCCAUGGGUUGGAAUUAUUGCUAUAGCUGGAUGAUUACUUCCGAGAUUUCUGCUGCUGCAUUAUUGAUAAACUAUUGGAAUCAUACUGUCAAUAACUCGGUAUGGGUUGUCAUGUGUCUUGUCGUCGUUCUCACCAUUAAUAUGCUCGGUGCUGGCGCUUACGGCGAGGCGGAAUUCAUCUUCGCAUCCAUCAAGGUCAUCACAAUAACCGUUCUUAUCAUUCUCGGUAUAGUCAUCGAUUUGGGAGGUGGCCCAAACCAUGACCGUAUUGGAUUCCGCUACUGGAAAAAUCCCGGACCAUUCGUUCAGUAUAAUGGCAUCGAAGGUGCCAAAGGACGAUUCCUUGGCUGGUGCGCUGUUUUGACGCAGGCUGCUUUCUCGUUCAUCGGAACCGAGAUUGUUGCUAUUGCUGCUGGAGAAGCAAAGAAUCCUCGCCGUAACUUGCCCAAAGCCAUCCGUCGAGUAUACAUCCGUAUAUUGGUUUUUUACAUCGGUGGCACACUCGUCAUUGGUCUGCUUGUACCAUCCAACAACCCAUUACUCAAAUUGAGCAGUAACACCGCCCGGUCUCCAUUCGUUAUCGCUGUCGAAAUGGCCGGGAUUAAAUAUCUCCCUUCAGUAAGCCGCACAUGUCUUUCCUUUUUUACCUCGAAAUUUCUCAUUGCUACUCAAACUAGAUUCCAACUCAUCGAAAUUAACGUACUUGUAGAUGGUCUUGCAGCCUCAAGAAAUGCUCCGAAGUUCUUCCUUAAAACCACACGCAACGGGUUGCCUUACGUUGCCGUCCUCUUCUGCGCCUCUUUCUCCCUUCUUGCCUUCAUGGCUGUGUCCACAAGUGCAGGCUCAGUAUUUAUCUGGUUUUCCAACAUGACAGCCGUAGCUGGCCUUUUGACGUGGUUUGGUAUUUCGGUGACGUAUGUCCGCUUCUAUAAGGGCAUGCAGGUCCAAGGCAUCGACCGCAAGACGCUCCCUUACUACACAAAUCUCCAGCCAUACGCAGCGUGGUGGGGAGUCGUUUCAACGAUCACCAUCUGUUUCGUAUUCACCAACUACUUCCCUCUUAUUGCCUGGCCAAUCCUGUAUGUUGGCGCUCGCUUCUACUAUGGCACCAAGCCUGUUGCUGCAGAGGAUAUGGACUUCAAGAGCGAUCUAGCUGAAAUUGUGGCGGAUACAUACGACGAACUUCCACCAAAGAACAAGAUGGAAGCAUUCUGGCAAUGGCUGAGCUCGUUGAUGAUCGUCAAUUAUAUCACUUGUUCGUAAGCCUUCAAUUAUGUAACAUACCGUUGCUUGUUGUAUGUCACUACCAACUCUACCAAUA